AUGACAGUGGCAAAAGGGGCUAACAGGGUGUUUCAGAUGCAAUUUGCUUCCUGCAACAUCAACUGGUCCGAGUUUCUCAAUCUCCCUGACGAACUUGACCAUCUCGAAGACUCCCUAUAUCUUCUCGAACGUCCCAGUUUCUCGCUAGAUUCCUCAUUCCCCUCCUCGCUGGUCGAGCUCUCGCCACCGUUCGGUAUGUCUCCAGAAGGUAGCCCACCACCUAUGGAUGCCUAUAGAAUCCAACACGAAGCCAUUACGACGUAUAACGCUCCUACUCUGCUUUCCACCCUCGGCGCGGGCAUCUAUGGACACAUCCUCACAAGCACUUUGAACUCACCUGCAAGCCAUACACUCUCCCUCGGAAGCGACGAAAGUAAUUCAAACGAUCAAGCCAUAGAUUUCGAUGCAUUUCUCGUAGACGAUCCAUCCUUGGCCACUUGCGGAUCAGGUGGCGCAAGUGGCGCAAGUAGCGGAACCAACAACCACGCUUCCCUCUCCUCUAUCGACCCCACUCUUGCUGCCACUACUAUGGGGGCCGCCAAUAAUAACAAUAAAAAACAGUCGAAGCAGACUACCCCUGUUGCUGACGAGCUAAAGACUCGAGGGAGCCCUGCUCCAAUGUCUAUUCAGUCUAGCCACCCUUCUCCAGCUCGCCCAGCCGUUCCCAUCACAAUCCCUUCAAUUCAAACAAUCGCGACUAUUGCAAAGGGACACAUUCCACGCGACGCCGUAUUCUGCGACUCUGACGUCGAACUCAUUCGCAGUAAAUGCCAGCUGCUCGUCCAACGACUCCGCAACAAACAUUUGUCUGGCUCGGUUCGCCACCCGUAUAUGACCUGCCCCGUCUUUGACUGUGAGCGUGGUGGCUGGAACCCAUUGCUGCACGGCGAACCUCCAAAGGACAUUCACCAACCCACGACCGGCCACUUCUUCACCUCCAACGAAAUCGUCCGGCACGUCAAAACAAAACAUGCACCGGAGAAUGACCUCCGUUGUCAUCACGCAGGCUGCAAAGUCCAAGCAAAGUUGGACGCGAGGACCACCAAUGGGAAAGGCAGGUUCUGUCGUCGCGAUGUGUUGAGAAAGCGUUACAAGGACUAUCCUGAACAUAGAGAUUCUGUCCCGGAGGACCUUAGAAGGAAGUACAAACUCUUUAGACCUGAGCCAUUAGUCCGAUGA